GAUAUACUGGCAUGUAGUCUACCCUAUGACCCACACGACUACCAGCUUGAAGGCGUAGCAAAAGCUCUCAAAGGAACAGAUGUUGUUGCGAUUACUCCUACAGGCUCUGGCAAGACAGGAUUCUUUAUCAUGUACUUGCUGGUUGCUCACGCAUUUGCUCAAAACCCAUCGCAUUGUCCCAUUGAAGUGUUGCAUCACACAUUCAAGGCAUCACCAUGUUACAUCAUACAUGCACCCAAAUUCAUGGCCAUUGGAUUAUCGGUGCUGGUGAUUAAUUCUGACACAACACAGCAAGCUAGCCAUAGAGGCGAGAACCUCUGGAAGACAGCUUUGUCUGGAGUGGAGGUCAUUCUGCUAAUGCUGGAGCAACUGAUGAGCAAGGGCUUUGAGUGCUUGCUUGCAGACAAGUCAUUCAGCACACACGUAAUGACACUUGGAGUGGAUAAAAUUCACCUUCUCCAGCACUGGGGGAUGCGAUUCCGUGCCGCUUUCAAACAAAUAGGCUCUGCUCACAUGCAAUUUCCAGGAUCACCAGUGAUCAUAGCCCUAACAGUGACACUAUGUCCAGGCUUGCCUACAGAGUCUGUCUGUGGAUUUCUUGGACUCAAAGUGGGUCAGUACCAUCAGAUUCAUCACUUGAAUGCUCGUUACGACAUCGAAUGAAUCUUCCAUACCCAAAUAUCUGGUGCAAAUGUGUACCAAUUCCCAGAGCUCGACUGGGUUCUAGAAGAGCAGCACCAUGUCAUCAUCUUCUGCAAGACUAUCAGCCAUGGUCAUCGAGUAGCGACCUAUCUAUGGAACAAAGUUGAUGAUGUAGAAGACCACAACAAGCACAUUCGUGUCUUCAACUCACUCAAUUGGGACACGCACAAUCAAGAAACACUUCACUUGAUGCAUCAUCA